AUGGCUUGGCAAUUUCACCACGGUUAUUGUUUCCUUUCAUUAAUCAUCAUUGCCAUAGAGACCCUAAGAAGGGAAACAACUUCUACGGUUACGAGGUGGGUUCUCGAGAAAAGGGGCAACACUCACAAAACAACUAUGCUGGGUGCGUGUGUUCCACCUGACCUUACAGGCGUUCAUCGAUCCUCGUCGAGGUCUGUUUUGCAGAUAUCAACAACUCUAGAACGAAAAUUGAACGUGAUUUCUGAACAUUGA